UUUGAGAUAUCUUUCUAAUACAUAAAAUACAUUUUACCAGUGAUUUUUAAACUACCAUUUUAUCAACAUUAUACAAAUGUAGUACAGAGUUUUUUAUACAUUGUACAAUUGUAUAUCAGUUGAGGAUCUCUGUUUGUUUGAAUGUUAUAACGAUCACAUAACAAACAGAACAAAAACGACACUACACCUUUAGUUAAACCAUGCAGUGUGUGUUACGUUGUUUGGAUUUAUUUCAUAUUGACUUUGUCAGGCGCAGCGGAGACGUAUCAAAAGACAUAUCGUACCGUAUAUAUAUAAUGUAAGUUACUAGGAAUAAGCAAUUAUGGCUGAUAGAGAUAGAGAUACUUUCAUAAAAUGUGGAAUUUGUUCCGAAAAAUUCGAUAAACCUAAAAUUUUACCUUGUUUUCAUACAGUUUGUCAUAAGUGUUUGGAGAAUAUAGUAGAAUUAACGGCACAGAAUGGACGUUUUGAGUGCCCGUUUUGCCGAAUGGGAAUAACAGUUCCAGAGAAUGGAGCCAGCGGUUUUCAAACCAAUUUCUAUAUCUAUUCGUCAGACGUGAUUUCAGAGCUGGAUUGUGAUGUAUGCGGUGUUAGUCAGUCGGCUAUACAUGAAUGUAAACAAUGUGAUCAAAAUUUCUGCAAAGGUUGCGGUAGUAUACAUUCACGUAUAGCGUCUUCUGCCAAUCACACUCUUGUUAAUAUUUCAUCAGGAAAGAAGGAAAAUGAUAAAGGACCUGCAUCCGCGCCUUGUAAUAACCAUCCAUCCAUGGAAAUAACAGAUGUUUGUAAAGACUGUAAUGAAUUGGUGUGCACCGCCUGUAUUACAAUGUUUCACGUGGGACAUUCAUGUAAUGCAGUCUCCAAGGAAGCUGAAGACAGGAGAAACGAAUUAAGGGAACUAAUCAGUAUAUCAGAAAACAAUUUGAUUGAAAUGGAAAAGGACACCCGUGUUGUUAAAAGACAAUCUGAAUCAAAAUAUAAAUUUUUCAACGAACAGAUAUGUGAAUUGAGAAAAUAGAAAGAUUCUUUAAUUGCAAAAAUAAAUGAGAAAUUCAAAUCAUGUGAAGAGAAAAUAAAACAUUUAAACGAUGAACAGUUGAUGUUGGCCAAUCAAAUGAAUGACACACGAAAGAAUUAUACAACAAACGUUCACAAAAUUAUAGAAAACUCCAGACAAAUUGUUGAAUCAAGUGAAGAUGCUUUAUUACUUACGAAUUAUGAGAGCGUCUCCAAUGAUUUGAAUGGAAUUAAGGA